AUGCGUACUAUCUGGACCUGGUUCGCUAAGCGAUUCGCUAACCUACGCCGUUAUCUAGGCCAGCCGGCAGGGUCGACCCAGAAAACCUCAGACUAUGGCAUGAACGCUGACGACAUCAAAGCCGACCUCAUGGCUGGAAAGAGACCAGAGUGGGUCUUCUCUUCCUACGCGCCGACUCGCAAUGUCCCGCGUCAGCUGUUCGGGGGUCCUCAGCGAGAGCUGAGCAUGGAAGAGAUGCGCCUUCGCCACUAUGAAAUGACAGCCGCGGGGAGCAUGGAUCAGGCCGUCCAGGAGGCACAAGCCUUGUGGCAAGAGUCCGUGAAUCAAAUGGACUCCGCCUUCAAUGACCUCGACGGUGCUAUGAAAUACAUUAUCGACGGCGCCAAUGAACACCCCAACCGCAUCGAUAUUACACUUGGAGCUCAACAAUCGCCGUUUGGCCAACCUUCAGCUGGUCCAGCCACUGGCACUUUCGGAACCGCUAACGCCCCCUCGGGCUUCGGACAGCCUUCGGCCUUUGGUCAGCCAUCUACACUCGGACAGCAGGGGUCUGCCUUCGGACAGCCAUCAACUGUCGGGCAGUCAUCGGCCUUCGGACAGCCCUCGGUCAUGGGCCAGGCUUCGGGCUUCGGGCAGCCAUCUACCUUGGGUCAGGGUUCCGCUUUUGGCCAGCCUUCAAAUAUCGGUGGUGGACAAAGCGCAUUUGGAAAGCCAGCAUUCGGCCAGCCAGGGCUCGCACAACCCGGAAAUACCCAGUCUGCGUUCGGCCAACCUGCCUUUGGCCAGCCUGCUGCUCCGGCAACUGGUGCAUUCGGUGCGCCCUCGGGUGCUUCUCCAUUCACACAGGUCCCACAGAACCAACCUGCUACGGGCUUCAGUGCCCCCCCGGGACCUUCGCCAUUUGGACAGCCAUCUGCUCAGCAACAGCCUGCACCAGCAACGGGUGGCUUUGGUCAACCAGCUGCGCCCUUCGGGCAACCUGCCCAGACCGCAUCGCCGUUCGGCCAAGUCCCACAGCAGCAACAGCAACCCCCUGCGGCCACUCCAUUCGGACAGCCAUCUACCCCAGCCAAUCCCUUUGGUGCCCCUUCUACACAGCAGCAGCAGCCCGCGGCCUUUGGUCAACCUGCGGCUCCGCAGGGCGUGGUCGUCGAGCAUCCUCAUACUGGCCCUCCUACAUUCCUCAAAAUUGAUGAUCCCGAUGCGCUAAAUCCUCUCCCACUACUUAAGGGCGAGACUCGACGUGAUCCUAGCAGCAAUCGCCUCACCAUGUGGAAGGGUCGUCCGGUGCAGUACAUCAACGAUGCCCCCUGCUACCUCCACCCUCAGGACAACAAGACCUACGUUCCUAUCCAUUUCCCGGAUGGUCCGCCAGAAGAGGCCAGCUUGCGUGAUUCUCAGCCGAACCCUGGGGAUUAUUCUCCAGAAAUUGAGGCGAUGUACAGGUUCUUCCAUGAGAAUGGCUACUUCAAGGACGGUAUCAUUCCGCCUGUCCCCCCACGGAGAGACCAGAUCAGUUUCGACUUCUAG